GAACACACAUGCGCACUUGCCAUGGAAUGGUCAGAUAUAUAAAGAUUGGCGCCGGCGCGCCAGCUGAUCAUUAUUCGUUCAUUCAUUUCUGAGGUGGAACUCUGAAGCCUUCAAUUGACAGAAUGGCUAACGUUAGACGCAGUGGUCGCAUCACAUUACAAGCAAGAGAUGAGAACGCACCGGAACAGAACGUCAAGAUCACACGAAAAAGAAAAUCUGAGACAUCAAAAAAGAUGCCACCCGCAGUGAAGAAACAAAGCUAUGAAAUACAGAAACGGUGGUCAGAAGAAGGGGCAAGUCCAUGUGUCCUUGUAGAAACGCCACACAAGGAGCUUGUGAUGACCAGAGACCUGUCUGGCUUCAAGCAGUUCCGAUUCAAGAACAUCUUCAUCAAGACCUCACCGCUGCCCUGCCUCAGCUGGGCCAGCUCGGAUGACGUGUGGAUUAAGAUGCUGAACAAGGAGCUGAAGUAUGUCCAUGACAAGGGCUUCCUACAGCAGCACCCCAAACUAAAGCCCAAGAUGAGGGCCAUUCUCCUGGACUGGCUUCUAGAGGUGAGUGAGGUGUACACUCUGCAUCGAGAGACUGCUUAUCUGGCUCAGGACUUCUUUGACCGCUUCAUGCUGACACAGGAUGAUAUGGCGAAGGACCGACUGCAGCUCAUAGGAAUCACAGCCCUCUUCAUCGCAUCGAAGAUAGAGGAAAUCUACCCUCCAAAGCUCCAUGAGUUUGCCUACGUUACUGACGGAGCCUGUGAGGAGGAAGCGAUCCUGGAGAUGGAACUUGUCAUGUUGAAGGCGCUGAACUGGAACCUGUGUCCAGAGACUGUGAUCACAUGGCUGAAGCUCUAUGCUCAGGUGGAGUCGCUAAAGGAUGGUGUCAACUUCCUGGUACCUCAGUUCUCUCAGGACACCUACAUCCAGAUCACACAGCUUUUAGACCUGGCCAUCCUGGACAUCAACUCUCUGGACUACCAGUAUGGGAUACUGGCUGCCGCUGCCUUCUGCCAUUUUUUCUCAUUUGACAUUGUCCACAAAGUAUCAGGUCUGACGUGGGAUAGUAUUGCUCCCUGUGUCCGGUGGAUGAGCCCCUUCAUGCACACGGUCAGCGCCUGUCCCAGAGCAGAGCUCAAGGACUUUAAGAAAGUGACGUCUGACGACAGACACAACAUCCAGACCCACGUAGACUACCUGUCCAUGCUGAGCGACGCUCACCAGAGGCAACCGGACAGCCAAGACAGACUAUCGCCUGCUGCCAUAGGAGGGAUAUUGACUCCACCAAAAAGCACAGAGAAACCAGCCAAUCACUGAGCCCCAGGGUCUCCUUGUGUUGAUCUUCUGACCAACCAGAUAAAGGGAGAAUUCCCUAGAUGUCAUGCCUGACCAGCCAGAGGCUGGGAAACUUCGGAACCUCAUCCUCACGUGACCAAUCAAAUGAGCUUUUGGGCAUAACUCACCUUUGUGUAGCAUGUUAAAAUGAGUUAUUUUACUUUUUUUAUACCAAGCUGUAUAUCAGUAUAUGCAGCACAACCAUGGAAAUCAGCUCAUGGUUACUAUAUUGACUUAAUUUGUCAAAUGAUUGCAACAAAUACCCUGUUCUCGCAGUCUUCAUCCCCAGAAUUAGAAUAUUACAUGGAGAACAUUUGAGUUGACUCAAGCCUUUCUCCAUAGAAAGCAUGUCUGCUGCUCCCCCUCUGUUACUUGAAGCUGAACAUCUCAAGACAUGGGAUGUUUUGAUUGCUAAAAAGCUCAUUAUUUGAGGUGAAUUGGUACAUAAUGCUCACAGUUGAGUUGCUUAACUCUGUCUCUUAACAUUGUGUUAUCAUGUGUAUCUGGUGCUGUGUAGUUUAAAUCUGGGUGCUCCUGGAAAUGCUCAGCCAUACAGUAACACUGAAAGCAGUCUUGAUGUUUGCUCUGGUGACAUUUUAAACAUGUGCGCUGUUUGAAAGGGUAGUGCAGGGCUAACUGUUUACUACACAACCUUCUUAAACACUGUUUUUGAAGUUGCGUAUUCUCACCACACUGUGAACGACUCAUUGCGUAUUCUCACCAUACUGAACGACUCAUUGCGUAUUCUCACCAUACUGAACGACUCAUUGCGUAUUCUCACCAUACUGAACGACUCAUUGCGUAUUCUCACCAUACUGAACGACUCAUUGCGUAUUCUCACCACACUGUGAACGACUCAUUGCGUAUUCUCACCAUACUGAACGACUCAUUGCGUAUUCUCACCACACUGAACGACUCAUUGCGUAUUCUCACCACACUGUGAACGACUCAUUGCGUAUUCUCACCACACUGUGAACGACUCGUUGCGUAUUCUCACCACACUGUGAACGACUCGUUGCGUAUUCUCACCACACUGUGAACGACUCGUUGCGUAUUCUCACCACACUGUGAACGACUCGUUGUGUAUUCUCACCACACUGUGAACGACUCGUUGCGUAUUCUCACCACACUGUGAACGACUCGUUGUGUAUUCUCACCACACUGUGAACGACUCAUUGCAUUCUCCUGCCACAACACAUUCCUGGACAACUUGACUUCAGUAGUUUGAUUUAGACCCUUUGGACUGACUUACAACUGUAUGUAAUUUUAACAUUGUAUUUAUUUGUUCAUUUUAAGCCUUACAAUGUUUUUAUGUCCAUAUACAUUCAUAGUGCAAUGAAUUCAGGUCUUUCACAAAGGCAAACACUUGAGUCAUGGGAUGCAUGUUAUUUAUGACUAUCUGUUAUUGGGCGGAAAACCCGGUAUAAUGCAGUUACAUAUGAAAUGUUGUAGUUUUGUGCUAGCCUGUCCGUGGCCUUAGUUGAACUACUAUGGUGAUAGUGUGAUGUGUAGACUUGAGAACCCAGAGGUUCCAGUGCAGGGCUCCAACCCAGUCAGUCUAGCAAACCUGUGACUGUCAACUGAAACCUUCAGUGUUGUGCAGAUGUCUGCUGAGGCAGCAGUAUACAAAGAACCAUGUUUAAACUGUAAAUGAAAUACUAAUGUAUAUAUGUUAUGUACAUAAACUGAAAGUUCUGUUUUCUAAUGGAAUUGUCUUGAAUAAAUGCCAAAUGUAUGCA